ACUGCGUCAAGAAAGUUGAAGACCCAAAACCGAUCCUGUGCAUAUCCCCUCGUCACUUCAAUGGUCGAUUCGCGACACAACCUCAGUAGGGCUAAUCAUGCCCUUCGCUAUGCUUCAGCCCAGCAUACAAGCCGCUGUCUGCCCGGGUCCUCUUCACGGUGAAGUUCAACGCCACAUGAUCCCUCCUCCGAGUCAUCUCCAUUCAGCCAUAGCACCCGGAGAUGCGUCCUACAUCCAAAUCCCAGUGGACCCGUCUACAUAGGGACAGGAUCCCGGCACGGCACCCCACUGACGGGCUCAUGAGGUAUCCUCCAUAUGUAUCGUGCGCGGGCACUAGUACUGAUGCAAUGCAAUGCAGUGGUGCGUACUGACCCCGGGACUGUAUUGCGCGGAUUUGACGGGUCCGAAGCGCGAGCGACGACGUACGUACGUACGUAUUCUGCGAGUGGAUGCGACAGAUUACUGAUGCUCUACCCAUCCCCAUCAUCGCACGUUCCAAGCCAAGGCUUGCGGGGUCCUCGGGCAGACAGGCAGGACGAGGCGCGACGAGAGCAGGCCAGAGAGCAGAAGAGCGGGGACGUACGCCGUGCAGAAGACGUCGCCAGGGCUCGCGGGCCCACGCGACACGCACCGACCGUGCAGUCUGCAGAAGGGCGCCCUAUAAGCGGCAGGACGACCCCGACGCGGCGACCCAAGAUAGAAGGCCCCCGCCCGGCCGCAGAAUCGCCCGCACGGGUGCAGAGGCUGCGGGGCCCACGGCGAAAGAACCGGGCCACAGCCGCCAGGCCCGAGCUCGCCUUCGCGUUACGUGCAGCAGCACUCGCGCGCCGUGCAGCGCUUCUGGGAGCGUCCGUGCGUGCGUCGACGGUCAUGCGCGUCGAAGGACGCGGUGGCCCCAGGGCCCCUCCGCUUCCGGGCUUCGACGCACGACGUGCGGCCAGAGCCGUGCUUCGCCUUCCACGGGACGUUUCGCCUCCCCUGUGUGUGAAUGUGGCGUCCGCGAAGACCUCCGCUGGCCCAGGAAGCUCGACGAUGCGUCCCCGGGCAGCCGGCCGGCGAGUGUCCGGCGCGCGAGAAGGCUGCAGGCAGCCCGUUAGGCUCAGAACUCUCUUGACGUCCGUCAUCCACAGACGUCCCAGCGGGCCAUCCGCAGAUCAGGCUCGCGUUGCCUCGUUUGCAGGCUACCGUCCUCUUGCGCACGGUGUCUAGGUACGCCGGUGCAGCGCGGGUUCCCAGGCCAUCGCUCGUGUGUACCGUUCUGCGGAUCUGCCCUGCCGCGUUUCCGUGGGUCUCUCGCAGAGUGAUUGCGAAGGCUGGGGCGAGCACGAUGCGCGGGGCGAUGGAGCGGGGUGCGAGGCUCGUGAGGGGCUGCGUCAACU